UCUCUAGGGAAUGUGGUGGAACCUAAAACAAUCACGCAAGGUGGAAAGAACUUGCAAACGCAUCCUCCAUAUGGUGCAGACAUAUUAAGACUUUUGGUUGCGUCAUCUGAAUACACAACGGACGUAAACAUCGGAAAAACAUUUUUGAAUCAAGUGGUUGAUAGUAUGCGUAAAUAUCGUAAUACGGCACGCUUCAUGCUUGGAAAUUUGAAUGACUUUAAUUAUAAAGAUCAAGUGAAAAUUGAAUUGUUAAAACCGAUUGAUUGUUAUAUGUUACAUCAAGUAUACCUUUUCGGUGAACAAGUUAAUCAAGCAUAUGCAGAAUUUUCUAUAAGUCAAAUUGUUCAAGCGCUCAAUAAUUUUACGAAUGUCAACUUGUCUGCAUUUUACUUCGAAAUUGUGAAGGAUCGAUUGUACGCAGAUCACGCUAAUGGCUUGAGCCGGCGAGCUGUACAAACAGUCCUUUAUCAAAUAUUAAAUGUGUAUGCGCUAUCGCUUGCACCUAUUGUGCCACAUCUUGCCGAAGAAAUUUAUGAAAAUUACAAAAUAAUCGGACCUAUUUCACAUAAUAGUGUUUUUCAACUUGGCUGGUAUCAUUUGGAGAAGGAAUGGAAUAAUCCCUCGAUUGCAAGUGAAUUUGAGAUUUUAAGGGAUCUGCGAAAUGAAGUUAAUUAUUUGCUAGAAAUGGCUAGACGAGACAACUCUUUAGAGGCAAACGUGUACUUGCGUGUCAUCGACGAACAUUCGACGUUGAACAAGUUACUGAGAAAUCAAGAAUCCGAUCUGCCGUCAUUUUUCAUCACAUCCUCUGCAAAAUUAUUAACCAAUUCAGAACAUUUGGCUAUGGUCAAUUCCACUAAUUCGCAGGCAAAUAGUCAAUACGAAAAAAGAAUAAAAACAGUUAAUGGUACUGAGUGUGAUGUUUUGGUAAAGAAAGCGACAUUGAACAAAUGUCCUCGAUGUUGGAAUUACCUAGCAAUCAAU